AUGGCGAUUUCAGAUCUCCUCAAUCGCCGAGUACGGGCGCUACCGGAAGAGGACGAAGAGGUUUAUUCUGGAGAAUCAGCAUCGGAGGCAGAGAGCAACGAUGAACAGAUCGAUGAAUCAAGAUCAGACGACAGCAGCGACGAGUCGUUAGAGGAUCAUGGAGGUGCACGAAGCAACGGAUCGGAACUGAGCGAUGAUGACGAAGCCGACGAAGAUAGCAACAUCUCAGAAGACAGCGCCGCCGAUGACGACGACGAAAGCGAUGCCAGCGAAGCGGACGACAUGCAAGCCUCACUGAGCCACAUCUCCUUCGGCGCGCUCGCCAAAGCCCAAGCCUCGCUGGGCCCGCACGCCAAACGCAAACUUAAGCACUCGAAAGCAAGCACCGCCGCCGACGCCGCCGACGACGACGACGAAAAAGCUGCCGCGGCGCCCUCGCCGCUCGACGACAUCCGCGCGCGCAUCCGCGAAGCCCGCGAGCAGAAACGCCAGGGCUCGGCCCCGUCCGCCUCCAAGGCCAGGGAUGCCGAGAAGCCGUCCCGCUCCUCCAAGCACGCGCCCAUGGUGCAGUCGUCCAAACACGCCGUCUCGCGCAAGCGCACGAUCAUCGAACCGCCCGCUGUGCUCAAGUCGCGGGACCCGCGCUUCGACCCGGCCGUGCGCGGCCAGGGCGGCUCGCGUGACGGCGGCAUCAACAAGGCCUACGCGUUUUUGGACGAGUACCGUGCCAACGAGCUGAAGGAGCUCAAGGAGAAGUUCGCCAAGACGAAGGAUCUGAGGGAGAAGGAGGAUUUGAAGCGUGCGAUUCGUGCGACUACGGACCGUCUGCGGACGACGGAGAACAGACGGAGGGAGAAGGAGGUGCUGGCGGAGCAUAAGAAGCGCGAGAAACAGCUGAUUCUCGAGGGCAAGAAGAGCAAUCCUUACUUCUUGAAGAAGUCGGAGCUCAAGAAGCAGGUGUUGGUCAAGAAGUAUGAGAGCAUGGGCUCCCGGCAGCGUGUGAAGGCGCUGGAGAGGAGACAGAAGAAGAUGACCGCCAAGGAGAGAAAGGAAAUGCCUAUGGAGCGACGAGGGUUCGAGAACGACGCUGCGCCUUUCAAUAAUGAUGGAGGGGGCAGGAAACGCAGGAAACUGGCAUAG